AUGGAGCUAUCUUCCCCACAGCUAGUCUGCUUCCUCCUCUUGCCUCUCUCCCUCUGCCUCUUCUUCCUCUACAGGAGCUGGUCAGAGCGAAGCAGAUGCACUGGCCUCAAGCCCUACCCUUUGCUCGGUCUCCUUCCCCAGUUCCUAAAAAACCGGCACCGAUUUCUCGACUGGAUCACCGACGUCCUCGUCCACAGCCCCACCCACUCGAUGACCUUCCGGAGCCCGGGGCAGGUCGGAGGUGUCAUCACCGCCAACCCCUCCAACGUCGAACACGUACUCAAGUCCAACUUCGAGAACUACCCCAAGGGCGAGCGCUCCUUCCGCAUGCUGGUGGACUUCCUCGGCCAUGGCAUCUUCAACUCGGACGGCGAAGAGUGGAAGUGGCAGCGAAAGCAGGCGAGCUACGAGUUCAGCAAGCGCUCCCUUCGCAACUUCAUGGUGGACACCGUGCAGUCGGAGAUCGCUCACAGGCUGCUGCCGCUGAUGAGGAGAGCGGGAGAGAAGGGCGAGACGAUGGAUCUGCAGAGCGUCUUAGAGCGCUUCGCCUUUGACAGCAUCUGCAAGGUCGCCUUCGACGAAGACCCCGCGUGCCUCGCGGAGGACGCCGUUGCCGAUGCCGAUGCCACUUCCUCGAGCUUCAUGAGAGCCUUCGAGGAAGCGCAGAACCUGAUCGUUGGCCGGUUCAUGGAUGCUUUCGAGAUCACGUGGCGGGUGAAGAAGCUGCUCGACAUCGGGUCGGAGAGGCGGCUGAGAGAACUGCUCGCGGUCGUGCACGGUUACGCCAUGCGGAUCAUUCGAGCAAGGAAGGAGAAAGCCUCAGAGCUGGACGAACACCACGACCUCCUCUCUCGAUUCGCCUCCAACAAGAACAACUCGGAGGAGUUCCUGCGAGACAUCGUCACAAACUUCCUCGUGGCAGGCAGGGAGACGACAUCAUCGGCCCUGACAUGGUUCUUCUGGAUCCUGUCGACGAGGCCCGACGUGGAGAAGAAGAUACUGGACGAGGUCACAAGUGUAAGGACCAUCAACAAGAACACAAGCGAGACGUUCAGCUUCGACGAGCUCCGAGAAAUGCAUUACCUCCACGCCGCGGUGACGGAGUCGAUGAGAUUGUAUCCUCCGGUACCGAUCGACACACAGUCAUGCCUGGAAGACGACAUCAUGCCCGACGGGACUUUCGUGGGCAAAGGAUGGUUUGUGACUUACAGCGCUUACGCCAUGGGGAGGUUGGAGGACAUAUGGGGGCGAGACUGCAACGAGUACAAGCCGGAGAGGUGGCUGGAGAACGGAGUCUUUAGCCCCGAAAGCCCGUUCCGAUUCCCGGUGUUCCAUGCAGGCCCAAGGAUGUGUCUGGGGAAGGAGAUGGCGUAUGUACAGAUGAAGUCCAUCGUAGCCUGCGUGGUGGAAAGGUUCGAGAUCGACGUGGUGGGGAAGGAGAAGACCCCGGAGCACGUGCUGUCCCUCACCCUGAGGAUGAAAGGAGGCUUGCCAAUUAAAGUCAAGGAGAAGAUUAAGCAGUGCUGUUAGCCACAGUAGAGUGUGGUGGUCGCAUUUGUAUUAGGCAAAGAUGUUUGCAUUAUGUUGUGCUUGGAUUGUUGUGUCGCAGCUGUUGAAUCCUAGUUUCUGAUUACAUUCA